UAUCGCUUUAUGGGGUUGGCAGGUAUGAUCUAAACGCAGUUCUUGCUCAUGCCGGUCCGGUCCUUGGAAGUUUGUUAUGUUCGUAACUGUUGUAUACUCGUGACCCUGUGUAAUUAUGUUUUAUAGAAUCAUUUUGUAUUUGGUUCAUAAAUGUAUAGAUUUGUUGUGUAUAAUUCGUCAUCUAUUCAGAGACUUGUGCUUAUUCAUACAGCACUGUAUGAGCUUAUUGCCUAGAUUCCUACAAAUUAAAGAACCAGUUAAACAGACAUGGUUCAAAAAAUUACCAUCGCAUCUCGGUAUUAUUAUAUGCGAGGAUCGAAUAUCAUUUACCGAUAUUUCAAAUUUAAUCAUAUGGAGUUUCUGUGUAGGAAUACAUCAUGUGAGCAUUUAUGACAGCACAGGUUUUGUAAAAUCAAAUGGUAAUCAAUUAUAUCGAGAAGCUAAUCUACGGAAAAAUUCGUACUUACAGAAGAAGGCAAAUAGUUUAAACAUAAUAUUUAGUGAUGGUAAAGCUCCAUAUUUAUAUAAUACUAUCACUAAAAAUGGCCACAAAACAGAAGAUUUGAAAGUUUAUCUAUUAUCCCUAGAAGAUGGAAAACAACAAAUUGUAAAAGCUGCCAAAUUCCUAUGUAAAGAUGCCAGAAAUAAUCCAGAAGUCUUAGAAAAAUUCUAUGCACAUAACUUUGAUAGUUAUGUAAAAGGUGCACUUGAUAUUCCAGAUCCAGAAAUGAUUGUAGUGUUUGGAAAAACAAGUGCAUUACUUGGAUAUUUACCUUGGCACAUUCGACUGUCUGAAAUAAUAUUCCAAUCAACACAUCACAACGUUAGCCUCGAAGAAUUCCAGAAUUUGUUGUGCCAGUAUAGUAAAUGUGAACAAAGAUUUGGAAAAUAGUUAAUUGUGAUGUUUUUAUUAUUGAAAGCUUCCAGAAUCUGUGAUGCUACAACUAUUCAAAUUCCUCUGUUUACUUAAUCUUGAAAAUCGGGAUAUUUUGAAUCGGUUCUUAGAAAGUGUAUUUUUACAUUUAUGCUUCCCUGCUCAUUUUUUGAAACAGAAUUCAUUUAAAGAACAAGGAAAGUUACAGGAUAACUUGACUGUACAUACAUUGUUUAAAAUAAACAAUACGUUUGUUAGA